UAUACUUGUACCCCCUGCAGUGUAAACUGCUCCUCAGCUGUGGCCCUGUGUCAACAUGUCAUCGGCAACAAGCAUAAAAGAAAAUUGCACAUACCCCAGAAACAAAACAAUGUAAACCGCCUGAGCUACUUCCUGAACACCUAUGUGAAGGAAGACCCCAUUGUGGGCCUGGAAUAUGUCAUGGAGUUGGAGGGCUCAUCAUACAAAUACUCCUGCCAGCUGUGCAGUGUGGUGAAUGUCAACUUGAUGAAAAUAGUCGGUCAUAUCACGGGUCCAGAUCACACUGAACUUUAUAUUUUGAAUCAUUGUCCUGACUUGAUGCCCCUUAAACAUGACCUCCAAAAACCUAGCUUCACAAAAGCCCUCAGAGAUGCUUGUGCAAGAAUCAUAAAAUUGCAGGGACGCAAAGAAAUCCAAGUAAACUUUACCACUAAUGGCAAGGGAAUGACAAAGAAAUUCAGGUCGUGCUCCCUGAGGGUGAGGGAAAAACAACGGAAGCCAUCGCGGACACGCCACUAUCCAAACCUGAGGGUGACGGUAAAACAGGGGAAGCCAUUGAGGACAUGCCACCAUCUAAACCUGAGGGUGACGGUAAAACAGGGGAAGCCAUUGAGGACAUGCCACCAUCUAAACCUGAGGGUGAUGGUAAAAGCAGCAAAGCCCUCAAAGACACGCCACCAUCUAAACCUGAGGAUGAUGGUAAAAGCAGCAAAGCCCUCAAAGACACGUCACCAUCUAAACCUGAGGAUGAUGGUAAAACCAGCAAAGCCCUCAAAGACACGUCACCAUCUAAACCUGAGGAUGAUGGUAAAAGCAGCAAAGCCCUCAAAGACACGUCACCAUCUA